ACGUAAAUUAAUCCAACAACCUUACGCUUAUAACCAGUUCUUCAUAUCUCUUUGAAUAUAGUCCAGACGUGUUACAUCAUUCAAGCAGUACACUAGUCAAGAAUCUCUCCUUUCCUCUUAAAGUUCGUUUAUAUGAAAUAUUGUUUUUCUUUUGCAGGAAAAUGUAUCGAAUUGGAAUUUUAAUACUCAGUUUAAUUUACGUAACGUCGGCAGCGCACCAUAAAGCUAUUGCGGUGUUAGAAAAUAAGGAACAAGGCAUCUAUGGAAAGGUAACGUUUGAGGAAACCGACCAUGGAAUAUUGAUCCAAGGGGAAAUCAAGGGAUUGAAGGAAGGGAAGCAUGGCUUCCACAUCCAUGAGAAGGGUGAUAUAAGCGAUGCAAAAUGUGCAUCUGCCGGAGGUCAUUUCAAUCCUUUCAAUAAAACACAUGGACCACCAGAUGAUUCUAAUCGUCACGUCGGAGAUCUUGGUAAUAUCGAUUCUAAUGGAAUAGUCGCGCAAUUCAACUUCUUCGAUAAUAUGAUCAGCCUUUCUGGAAAUACCAGUAUCAUAGGAAGAUCUGUAGUUAUACAUGAAAAUCCGGACGACAUGGGCAGAGGUGGUUUCGAAGAUUCGACAGCUAAUGGGCACGCUGGGGCUAGAAUUGUGUGCGCCAUAAUCAAGAACGGAUCUUCUUCCUAUGCUGCAUCUUUAACUCUUCUUUUUUCAAUGAUAUUAGUUCUUCUGAUCCACUAAUGAAAUGACUGAAAUUAAAUAAAUAAUUUGAUAUUUAUGUACGAACUGAUGUUUAAAUAUAAAUAUAUAUUUCGCAAAAUA